CAAAGCCCGGAGCCCAGAAGCCCACUCCGCACUCUUCCUUUUAUUUUUUCUCUCGCCGGCGUGAAUCACCGAACUCGCCGCCUUCUCCCUUCUCGCCGUCGCCGCCGCCGUCACCGCCGCUGACCCCAUCGCCGCCAGCCAUGUCGAUCUUCGAGUACAACGGGAGCGCCGUGGUGGCGAUGGUGGGGAAGAACUGCUUCGCGAUCGCCAGCGACCGCCGGCUCGGCGUGCAGCUGCAGACGAUCGCGACCGACUUCCAGAGGGUGUUCAAGGUCCACGACAAGCUCUACAUCGGCCUCUCGGGGCUCGCCACCGACGCCCAGACGCUGUAUCAGCGGCUGGUGUUCAGGCACAAGCUGUACCAGCUGAGGGAGGAGAGGGACAUGAAGCCGGAGACCUUUGCGAGCCUUGUUUCGGCCCUCCUCUAUGAGAAAAGGUUUGGGCCGUACUUCUGUCAACCAGUUAUUGCUGGCCUAGGAGACAACAAUGAGCCAUUUAUAUGUACCAUGGACUGCAUUGGUGCCAAGGAACUUGCAAAAGAUUUUGUGGUAUCUGGUACUUCUUCAGAGUCACUUUAUGGUGCUUGUGAGUCCAUGUAUAAGCCAAACAUGGAACCUGAAGAACUGUUUGAGACAGUCUCACAAGCAUUGAUGGCUUCAGUUGAUCGCGAUUGCCUCGCUGGCUGGGGAGGUUAUGUUCUGAUUGUCACACCCACUGAAGUGCAGGAGAGGGUGGUGAAGGGAAGGAUGGACUGAGUCCUCUGCCGUGUAGCCGCAUAGGAGAUUGUCUCUUCAUUCGCCUCGCCCUGUACUACAGCGUACAGAAUUCAGAAAACCCGUGUGGAUGUUUCCUUCUCAAAGAACAUAGCAUGACAGAUUCAGGCAGUUGCUUGUUCGCCUCUCUAUGCUUCAGACAUCUGCUUCUAUUUUCAAACCCGCAGUUUAGAGUUGCAUCA